AUGGCCUCCUCUAUUUUGGAGGUUUUGCGGGGUGCUCACGAGGACGUGGAGAAGCUAGAGGACGUUGCUGCGCAGCUGCUGCUGCAGCAGCAGGAGAUAGAGGGAGAUGCGCAGCAACAGCAACAGCAACAACAACUCGCUCCCCUGUCCUACAAACCAAAGCGUUUGAGCGAGCGCAAGAGGAAGGAGUCGUUGCGGCUGCAAGCAGCGCUUUCGGACUGCAUCGCGCGCAUCCAGGAGAGAGCUUCCUCCAUCAUUUCCGUGUACGAGGACGAGGACGGUCUGAAGAGGGAAGAGACCCUCUACCUGGGAGGCCAGCGGCAGCUCCGCAGGGUGACGGCAAGCGGCAGCAGCACCGAUGUUUGGGUUAACUUUUAUGACAGAAUCAAGGAGAUUCGCGGCGCCCAUAAGCGCAGGCAAAUCGAGAGGCCGGAAGAUGCGCAGGUGCCCACUGUGCCGAGGGGUGUGGACGAAAUACUCCAAGAAUUCAUGGAGACGCCGUAUUUGGAUGCUCUCUUUGAAGACGCAGAGUCCUUCGGUCGCUUGGUGUCGUUGGAUGCGUCGUAUCGGUCCUUCUGUGGACUGAAAAAAAUACAGCGUCACUUCAUCCGCGAAGCGAAAGAGAAGGAGCUAGCACGCCUUCGAAAGAAAGGCGCUUCCGAGGAGGUACUCGCGGACCGUUCCGCUGCCCUGGACGAGGAGAUAGGAGGUUGCACAAUGGACUAUUUGUCAUACCUUCGUACUCUGGGAGACUUUACGAGAAUCCCGAGGCAUCUCAAGUAUAAGCAACAAGAUUAUCGAGAGUAUCUGCAAGGAACUCUACAGUAUCUCGAGGAUUUUUUCUUCAGAAGGAACCCCCUAGCGGACGCCGACAAGGUCCGGGAGACAGUUCUUUCCGACUUUGAGCGCCAAUUCGCAGCCUCGCAAGUUAACGGCUGGGAGGAGAAGACGCACAGCAAUCCCCUCUAUUGCAGAGUCACAGACAGACUCUUUGCAAAUCCAAACACUUACGCCUCGCAUCAGCAGGGAUCGGCCUAUAAAAAGAAGCUGCUGGCCGCUGCUUCCCUUUCGGCCGAAGAGAUUGCGGCUGCAACCAAGCGAUGUGAAGACGCGGAUCGGCAGCUAGCAGUUUUGGAGUUUUCGAUUAAGGCAUACGCCGACAUGCUUCAGGAGCCCAUUAAUCAAACGAUUGCUUUCUAUCAGAAAAAGCAAUCCACUACCGCCGAAGAAGCACUUGAACAGGAAGAUGACGACUCGGAAAUUGAGGAGGAUGCUCAGCAGGACGAAGAGGACAGUGAAGCAGAAGAGGAGGAGGGACCGGUCUACAAUCCUUUGAAUCUCCCUCUUGGAUUUGAUGGCCGUCCGAUCCCUUACUGGCUGUACAAGCUCCACGGACUGGGCCAGGAGUUCAAAUGUGAGAUUUGCGGCAAUUUCAGUUACUGGGGCCGUCGUGCCUUCGAGAGGCAUUUCUCUGAAUGGCGCCACUCCUUCGGGAUGCGAUGCCUCAAGAUACCAAACACAACACAUUUCAAAGAGAUAACAAAGAUUGAGGACGCGAUUCUGCUCUACGAGCGACUAAAAAAACAGGCAGAAGGGAAUGCCUUCAAACAAGACCAAGAGCUCGAAUGCGAAGAUGCAGAUGGGAACGUCAUGAAUCUCCGAGCCUUCGAAGAUCUCCGAAGGCAGGGACUUAUUUGA